UGUAGUCCACCUCUACAGCAUGCAAAUUACGGAGCAACUCCAAUAUAUCGCAGAUUGGUUAACGACACAGUGCGCGCGGCGCGGCGCGAGAGAAGGACGCGCUUUUCGUUCUUUUGAGUGGACUAUAAUAAAAAAAAAAUUUGAAAUUAAUAUCCUCAUUUAAAAAGAGAGAGAGAGGGGAAAAAAAACACUUCGUAGCUCGAACCUGCAACUUAAUCAUAAUUAAUUGUGAGGAGGCUGUGGGAGGAGGAGGAGGAGGAGAGCUGUAUACAGUACUCAUCAUCCCGGGACCGGAGUGAAAGCUCACCGCGAGCCUCCAGGAGCAACGGAAUAAUUAGUCGUGUGUGUGUGUGUGACAGCUUUAUCAGACUCAAGAAAGACUGAGGAGCCGAGGGGACAAGUAUUGGACUGGCUGUCCCUGUGAAGUUUCCUCUUUUUAAAAAACAAAAAAAAAAAGGAGUGCGGUGGACCGGAGAGGAAAAAAAGUCUUGUGGAGGUUAGACACCCCCCCCUCCCGCCUUCAAUGCGUCGCUUCCCCGUGUCUACUGAUGGACUGAGCACGGUGACAUUUGGACCAGCACGUCCGCUGUGUUGUUUUUUUCUUCUCCCCAUCAAUUUUAGCCGCUCUGUAUUUAUCAUCUCAUUUGCUGUCGGACGAUGAGAUGGCUUCACGCACAUGCAUGAGGGGAGAUCUCACAGGGCUUCAGCAGAUCUCUAAUUGAAUUGUGUGAGCUGCAGGAGAUGCACGGCGGAAGACUGGCACCGGACGAGUGUUUCAUCAGCUCGUGCCCGUCACACUCAGUCCCAUGCAACAUUGAUUACCUGAGAAAUGGAUCAGUAGUCUGUUUUUGAAAUACAGGCGAGCUGCGCACACGGCUAAUGCAUUUCCAUAUCUGCCCGCAGCAGCGUUAUCAUGCAGCGAGCGAUAACAUCUGUCAAUAGCCUGUUUCAUUUUGCAUUGUCUUGCGAGCCACCAGGGUCACGGAGGUGAGUGCCUCCGGUACCAUGACCACCACCAGACUCCUGAACAAGCAGAUAUCUCAGACCGAAAUGCUGCCCUGUAUCAUUUUCAUCGCCUUGUUUCUCGCUGUGGCCCGAUCCCAAGAAAUCCAUCCCUCACAGACAUCAUCCUCUAUUAGUGAGUCUUGUGACUCCUUGUGCUCCUGUGAGGUAAAGGAUGGCAUCCUUCAUCUUAACUGCGAGGAGAGAAACAUCAGCAAAAUCUCCCAAAUCAAAGUCCCGUCAGGGGUGCCCUUCCACCUGAACCUUUACAAAAAUGACUUGGUCGAGCUCCGCGCCGAGGAAAUGGAAGGGCUUAAGAGUGCCCUUUCGCUGCACAUUGGGGGUAAUAGCAUACAAGAGCUGGAACCAGGGGUCUUCAGCACUCUUGGCUCACUGAAAAAACUCCACAUAAAUAGCAAUUUCCUCGUAACUCUAAAGGAGGAUACUUUUCAAGGCCUGGUGAAUUUGGAGUUUCUCCAAGCUGACACAAAUUUCAUUCGGGUCAUCGAGCCGGGGGCCUUCAACAAACUGAUCCGCCUCAAGGUCCUCAUCCUCAAUGAUAAUUCCAUCGAGUUUUUACCCAACAACAUUUUCCGGUUCGUGCCCCUGACCCACCUGGACUUGCGUGGCAACAAACUCCAGACGCUGCCUUACGUUGGGUUUUUGGAGCACAUAGGGCGAAUAAUGGAACUUCUUCUGGAAGACAACGACUGGAUCUGUGACUGUGAUAUUUUACAUUUAAAGAUCUGGAUGGAGAACAUGAGGGCACAGUCGGCAAUCGGGGAUGUGGUCUGCACCACACCGCAUCACCUUAAAGGGACUAUUCUAGCUAAAGUCAAGCGGGAUGUUCUGUGCCCGUCCCACGCAGAUAUUAACCUGGAGGAGCCAUCAAAGUCGCUGGAUAUGGUUGUUACUCCCUCAUCCAAAGUGUCUCAGAUUCCUAAGUUGGUCAACGCCAAAGAUGACGCCAAGGUACCGACACCAUCUCAGAUUCCCUUCAGUUCUUGUGUGGAGCACUGUUCUUGUCACAAUCACCCUGUGGCUGGCUUUUUGAUGCAUUGUCAGGACAGAGGAAUUCAAAAGGUGUCAGAUAUCGGAAUACUUCAGCAAAGCCCCACUAAACUGGUCAUGACGGGAAAUAUGAUUCAGAAACUCUUGAAGUAUGAUUUUGUCACGUACGAUACUUUAGAAUUGCUCAACUUGGCGAACAACCGAAUCGAUUACAUCGAUAAUGAAACUUUCCUCAGCUUGAGCAGUUUGAAAAAACUUUACCUGAACGGCAACAGAAUUGAGAAACUCUUCUCCACAAUGUUCGUUGGACUCCACAACCUUGAAUACCUGUAUCUGGAAUACAACCUCAUCAAAGAGAUUGCCCCAGGCACAUUUAAUCCCCUGCCAAACCUGAAGCUGUUGUCAUUAAAUAACAACCUGCUCAGCUCCCUCCCAGCGCAGAUAUUCCGCAACGUGCCCCUCACCAAAUUGAACCUGAGGAAAAAUCUACUUAUGCACCUGCCAGUGAGCAACGUGCUUGAUCAACUUGACUCACUGGAGCAGAUUUAUUUAGAGGACAACCCCUGGGACUGCAGCUGUGACUUGCUCAGUCUCAAACAAUGGGUGGAGAAGCUCAGAAAGGACACAGUGGUGGGCUCCAUUUUGUGUCAUACCCCGAACAAAGUGAUGAGCGCUGAGUUAAGGAGCCUCCGGCAUGAGAUGCUGUGCUCCGGUCUUGGGACCUACUACCCCAUGUCCCCAGGUGGGGAAGAGAGCGUGACUGCUACGCUGGGGCCCGACCAAGGCGACAAGGGUUUGUUCAGCUCGCUCACGGACACCGUCCCCCUCUCUGUGCUCAUCUUAAGCCUUCUUAUGUUUGUGCUCAUGAUCAUAUUCUGCUCAGCCGGUUUGGUGGUGUUUGUGGUGCACCGGCGGCGGCGAAAGGCAAAGAAAAAAGCAGCGGAGGAGCAGCCGAGAGAAAACACCAGCAGCAGUCCCAUUCACUUACAUUACAGCAUGUAUGGGCAGAAAACCACACACCACACUCUGACACAAAGAACGGGGUCCUCCACCCUGUACGAGGAGAGAUCACACAGCCCCAUCGUGCAGAUCUGUCGCAACCCCACCUACUGCUCCCAGCACAAGGAGCACGACGAUUUGGAUUACAGCCUCGACGAGCCCGGCACCAAGCAUCACCUCUGCCGGAGUAUCAUGGAGAAGGAGAACACAUCGCCGCUCACGGGCAACCCCAGCUUAAAGUUCAGACCCAUGACCGGAGAGUGCCCCACAGAGUUUGUCACACUCGGAAACCCCAACUCCUUGUACAGGAAUAUUCUGGAGAGGGAGAAGGAGCUGCAGCAGCUCGGAAUAACAGAGUACCUUAGGAAAAACAUGCCCCAGCUUCAGCCUGCUGUAGACAUGCAGGUCCCUGGGCACCAGGAGGAGUUAAAGCUUAUGGAGACAAUUAUGUACUCACGACCACGCAAGGUCAUGCUUGAGCAAACUAAGAAUGAGUACUUUGAACUUAAGGCUAACUUGCAUACUGAGCCGGACUACUUGGAGGUUCUGGAGCAUCAAACUGCAUUUAACUGAGCUGAAACAGAAAAAAAAACAACAACAACAACUAUAUAGUAUAUUAUGUUUUAAACCAAGUGCCUUGUCCUGUUUGCCCUCUUGUACUUUCCACAGUGUGAAAUAUAUAUCAUGGGCACAUCACUUUAAGUUUAAUUGUAGCACAGAAUGUAACUGGUUUAUUUUUUGUUACCUUUUUAUCUGUUGACAGCCAUGUUAUGUAGCUGGUGAAAGGUGUAGUAUAUUUGGCCAAAUGUAACUUAAAGGAAGGUAUCGCAGGUUUGAAAAAAACAUGUUUUGAAAUCCACUCAAUCAGCUUUUUUUAUGAUUGAUUAAAUUUCCACGGCGCGCCCGCCGCCAAAUGAAUUGAUCGGCACAGCGCACCCAUCUCGCUCCACCCCCACGUCUGACACCCUGAUAGGAUAAAGCAGAUGUUUGGAGGAAGUGAGUGAAUUUCAAUCACCACUUGACCCAGAAUUUCUGUUUAAUCAGUCUAUCCUGACUCUGGGUAUGACCUGAUUACACCCUCUGUCAACAUAAGCCAGCUGGAAUGCAGUAACCAGAAUGCUCAUCGUGCCGUAGAGUUAGCAAAAUGCCAACUGUACAUUGAAAAGCAGUAAUAGGGAGUGUGGUUCCACUGCUAUUUUUCUGUCGUGUCCUUUGAUCGAUCCAGAACACUGCACAGCUGCAGUCAUAGGACCUUUUAUUUAUUUUUAUACAAACUGCUGAUAUUCACAGAAAAGGAUGUUUUCUUCUUCUCUCAAUCAGAAAGUACAGCACUUAGAGUACAGUAUAUUAUUACACAACUGUAAUCUUGUAUAAAUGCAUUGCACUAAUCAAAUGCCAUAAGAUGGUGCAUGACAAUCAACAGAGUCCUGCUGAAACUUUUUGUUUGUUCCUUUUUAUUUUUGUUGUUUGUUUUUUUUUUCUGCCAGGAAAAAAAUGAGCCACAAAUGCGUAUGAUCCUUCAUGAGUGUGUGUGUGUGUGUGUGUGUGUGUGUGUGUGUUUGUGCAAGCGCGUGCGAGAUUGUGUUUUCACGUCACUAAUUUAUGUCUGACGAUAUUCAAACAGCAUUAAGGAGCGCCGCUCCUUUCCUCGUGCUGACAUUGGCUGAUUCAGAACUGUUUUUUUGGGUUUUUUUCUGAAUUGUUUUUGAGGCGCAUUAACCUGUUAGCACACGGACCACGUCACCAACGAGCCGACAGCGAAGCCGCAGCCAACUUUUCUCGGCUUUUAUUAAAAGCAAUGGACUGACAUUGCAAAGUGGACGCUGUCAGGAUUGACGCUCCUGUCACACUCUUGGAAAACUCAUUCAACUUUGAAACAGUUCACGUAAGCACACACUCUGUAGCUUUUCUACUUAACUAGAUUUAAUUAUUUAUUCUGUAUAUUUUGUAUAUACCUAUGUUCCAUUAUAUCUUUGUUUUUUUUUGUGUGCCUUCAGUGCUGUACAGAAUAUAAACAGAAGUUGUAACUGAUAAACAGGAAAUAAAGAGUUGCAAUAUUACAAAAAA